AUGGCUUACCUCACAUUACCGCCGGAGUUUGUUCCGGAAGUCAAGACCGUCAUCAACUGGGUGAUGUCGUUCACGCCGUUACUUUCGUACGGGUCGACGCUGCUAAGCAUUCGGCACAAACAAUCCUCGAAAGGAUUUUCCAUAGACAUUUGUGCCACAAUGCUGAUAGCAUCGACGCUGCGGAUAUUCUACUACCUCAACGAGCCGUUCGAGGUGAGUUUGUUGCGACAAUGCUUUGUUAUGAUCUUUAUCCACGUUUUACUACUCAAGGUGGCCAUAAAAUAUAGAGACCCCACUGAGGUGGCUUACAUGCGCUACGAACAGUCGUGGCCCGAGUUUUUCAAGCUCGCCUGGACCAACAGCCUGGAGAUGACCGCAGACGUUUCGAUAUACAGCGAUCCUUUAGAGAAAAUCGUUCAAACAGCGCGCGGGACGCUUAGACGGUCGGUCGACCUGGCAAAAAACCUGUUUUUCCGCCUGCUUUUCCUGUACGACGCUCGGUACAUCAGACCGUUUCGGUUCUGGCAGUGGGAAGAAUACAGAAAUUAUCUGCAGUUUCUUGGAGCGUUUUUGGUUUCGCUGUCCGUGUUGCAGCUUCUUUUCGGGGGCACGCACUUCUUGGGCAUGAUGUUUGCAUCCAGCUCGUUUUUGAUAGAGAGCACGCUGCCGCUGCCCCAGAUCCUGCUUUUCCAAAGAGCCAAGACCGUGGAGAACUUUAAAACGAUCCUCUUGCUCAGUUGGCUGGGCGGUGAUCUGACCAAGAUCAGCUACUUGGUUUACGGAACAGACAACGUGGGGAUCAUUUUUGUUGCUGCUGCGUUGUUCCAGAUGAGUCUGAAUCUGGUGAUCACAUACCAAUUUUUCUACUUCAAGAGAUUGGAUCUGCAACGACAGGACCAGUCGCUGCCUUUGAGCGAGGCAAAACCAGAAGUCCCGCUGGAUGACCUGCGUGUAAACAGCGUGCAGUCGUCGGCGUCGUUUUCUGAGCCAUUUUCUGCCGUCCCACUGUCGCAAUACUCGUCGCCCGUGACGACGCCAAUUUCCAAUACGCCGCUCGAACAGAACCGUUCGCGCUCCAGCACCGUGAACGAGCACGAGGCCAAGAUCAACAAGAGUCUGCGCAAGUCCAGUCUGAGCAGCAGCGUCAACCUGGAAAACAUUACAGAGCAAGUCACAAAAUAA